CCAAAGAGGCGCUUGUGUGGUUGCUUCGUUGGAGGCAGGGGGCGGGGCUUGCUCACAGGCCACGCCCCUUUCUCCCAAAGCGCCCCCGCCCCCCGACUGGUCCUCCUUGGUCCCAGAGGUUUGGAUCCUAACGGGAGCGAGAGGCAAGGCGCAUGCGCAGUCGGUCCGGCUCGCCCUGGCAUCCUUUUUUCCCGUGAGGAGCUGGAGGGAGAGCUGGGCGCGGCGCUGUGAGGAGAGGAGAGGCGAGGAGACGGGGCCUCGGCUUCUUCCUCUCGGUUGAGGGGAUGAGGGACCGCCUGACGGAGCUGGCAGCGGGUACCCAAAAUGAAGAAGCGACUGUUGUUGUUGAAAAUGAUCAUUAUAUGGAAGAUUUCUUCCAAGAG